UUUUUUCUUUUUUUUUUUUUAUCCCGAACGCCCGUCGUCAUUGUUUUUCCCGAGGCCACUCUGUCUUCAUGUUCUCUUCCCCCAGGCCGGCAUUGAUCACCUCAGCCUGUCCUAGGGCCGCCGACAAGGGCAAUCUCACCGUGUCAUGCCGUUUGCUGUCCCGUCAUUGUAGCGCCCACACCGGCCUAGUCAUUACACAUACCAUUGUAAAUAGCAUCAACCGCCUCCAUUAUUGUGCUACAUACACAGACCAGGCAUUUUUGCCGCUCCUCGACCGCUCCCCUCUUCCCCCACCUCGCGACCCUCGCUCGCCCACUCGCCCACUUGCGCCCGCCAAGCUCCGCUCCCCUGCGCCCCUGCUGGCGUCUGUGUCAGGCACCCGGUCCGAUCUGGGUCUGAGCACGAUAGGAGCAGGAGGAAGCAGAGGCCGGCCGGCCUUGAAACCAUGAGCAGCACCGCGACUGAUGGUGCGUCCGAGGACCCGGCUGCCAUGCGCCGCAGGCAUGGCGCCGGCCCCAAGCAGGACCCUGCUGAGGUCCCGGCCCCGGCUCCGGCCCCGGCUUCCGACGAAGCUGGGAUCCCGGACCCCAAGGCUAGGAAUCCCCAAAAGACGUACGGUCGUACCCCGGACGGGAUCGUCUUUACUGUGCCGACCACCCAUGACAUGGUCUCGCAGCUACUGGACCCCCGCCAAUCCAAGAACCUAUCAGACAUCAUUGUCCUGGCCAUUCUGGGCAUCCACAUCCUCGGUGCAUACCUCCUCCCCGCUGAUCUGAAGCGGCCCGUCUUUGCCGCAAUUUUCAUGUUUUGGAGGGCGUCGUACAACAUCGGCAUCGGCUACCUCCUGAGGGUCCAAUCGAACCACAGGCUCCUUGUCACAAAGGCCAAGAAGUUGAACCUCUUUGAGGACACGUCCACCGGCAAAAACCCUCGCCCAUGGCUGUACCGCUUCCUCAAGCGCGAGCUUGAGGCCAAGAUCCCCGAAGAUUAUCGCAUGGAGGAUGCGCCCAUCGAGUACAACACGUGGCUCGUCUUCCGCAGGGUUGUCGAUCUGAUCUUGAUGUGUGACUUCGUCUCUUACUGCCUGUUCGCCAUUGUCUGUGGCCACACCCCCGGCGGCGAGGCGCCCUGGAUGAGUGCCAGCCGCUGGCUCACCGGAAUCCUUCUUGUUGGCUUCAACCUGUGGGUCAAGCUCGACGCCCACCGCGUCGUCAAGGACUAUGCCUGGUACUGGGGCGACUUCUUCUAUCUCAUCGACCAGGAGCUCACGUUUGACGGCGUCUUUGAAAUGGCCCCUCAUCCCAUGUACUCGAUCGGCUACGUUGGCUACUACGGCAUCUCCAUGAUGGCCGCCAGCUAUGACGUGCUCUUCAUCUCGAUCCUGGCCCACCUGGCCCAACUCAUCUUCCUCGUCGUCGUUGAGAACCCCCACAUCGAGAAGACGUACAACAAACCGCCUCCCCGCGUUCGUGCCGAUUCCGAGCCCUCUGGCGACAGCACCGCCCUCGCCCAGAUCCAGGACGGCCCCGCGGAUGCCGACUCGUCGGCUGUGAGGGACUCCCCCGUGACCGUGCACAACCUGCUGGGCUUCCGCAACAUGGAUCUGUUCCGCAUCCCCGACUACACCGUUGUGCUGAUCUCUCUGUACCUGGGCACUCUUACCCUCGCCACCCCCAAUACCGAACUGUGGCAGGCUGUCUUUGUUGCCCACGCCGUCUUCUGGCGCCUGUGGUUCUCCAUCGGCCUUGGCUGGAUUCUGAAUCGCCAGUCAAAGGACAAGAUGUUCACGCGUCACUUUGUCAAGUACGGCGAGAGUGCCGGUGAGGCCUGGAGGCAGUGGAAGGGCAUGUACCACGUCAGCACCACAAUCUGCCACGGCUCGUUCCUGGCGGCGUGCUGGAAGAUGUACGAGCUUCCGGCGGACUGGACGCACGAGUGGGUGCUCCUGAAGCACGUCAUCGGCCUCAGCCUUGUUGCGCUGCAGAUCUGGACCGCCGUGAGCAUCUACGACGAGCUGGGCGAGUUUGGCUGGUUCUUUGGCGAUUUCUUCUUCAACAGCCGCGGCAAGCUGACCUACCGGUCCAUCUACCGCUUCCUCAACAACCCAGAACGUGUCAUGGGCUCGGCCGGGCUGUGGGGUGCCGCGCUCAUCACCUGGAGUCGUUCCGUCUUCAUCCUCGCGCUCAUGGGCCAGCUGCUGACCCUAGGCUUCAUCUCGUACGUGGAGAAGCCGCACAUGCAGAAGAUUUACGGCCAGAACGUGCGGGAGGAGGCCGGCCUGACCAAGUUCGUCAAGCGCUCCCUCCCACCGCCGGUCAAGGAGUGGUCCGAAAGCGUGGACCGGGUGCUGGACGACGCCAAGGCCUUUGUGGAGGAGUUUGUCGAGUCGGCGCGUCCCAAGCUUGCCGCCGGCGUCUCCGUGAUGCGCGACACCUCGGCGCUGUUCAACAACUUCCCCGCCCGCCUCACCAUCUCGCAGCUCAACCCGGCCAUGGCAGGCCUGGACCCGACGCGCUACUCAGUCUCGGUCGAGGGCACGGUGGAGCAGAAAGCGGCCAGCGAGCGGUUUACCGGAAAGGAGAGCGUGCAGGGCCGGAUCCCAAAGGACGUCAAAACGCUGGUGUUCGAGUAUGGGGCCCCGAUCCGGGUCAAGUGGACCGCGCCGGCCAACCACAGCAAGCUAGACUGGAUAGGGCUCUACAUGGUGAUCGACAACAGGUCCCGAGAGGUGACCGAGGUGCCAUCGCAAGGUCGCUGGGUGCCCACGUGCCCAGGCGCCUACGAUCGGACGACGGACGACGGUAUCGUGUCGGCGGACCGGCCGGUCGAAUCGAGCCCGGAUCUGGUACAGGGCGAGAUGGUGUUCGAGGGCGACAAGCUGUGGUGGACCCAAGGGACGUUCGAGUUCCGGUACCAUCACGAGGGCAACCACAACGUCAUGUCCAUCUCGGAGCCGUUCGAGAUCAAGAUCGGGCGCUUCGACGACGAAGAGGCGGCCGAUUCCGUGGACGCGGGCGGCGCGCUGUACGAGCGGACGGUGGAGCAGGCGCUGCUCCCGCUAGUACGCAACUGCCUGGACCGCAACCCGGAGGUGGCGCCCGAGACGGUGGACGAGCCGUUUGGCAGCCUGGUCGAGCGGGACAGCAAGUACGCCAAGCGCGUGGUCUAUGCCAUCCGCCACAUGUUUGGCGUCGAGUUUGCUCCAGCAGUUGUUCCCGCCGACGGCAACAUUAGGAAGUUGGCGUGGCGUGUGUGCAACGCCAAGCAGGUCCUGGCGCCGUAUAGCAUGUCGCGCUCCAGAGGCGCCACCACGCCCGUCAACGAAAAGUUUCCACAGACUCCGUAGAGCUGUUUUGGUUUGCUACCAGGGGAAGAGACGUCGAUGUGGAAGAUGGAGGGUUUAGAAGUCAGGUUGAGAGAGAACCAUAGAUAUGUUACUAGAGCAUUCGUGUUUGAGCUGUGCCUGAUUAGAUGUGUUUGUGAGGAGCGAUCCAGGGAUUUGCGUUUCGAAGAUGGCAUAUUGUUGUGGUCCAGCUCAGCUGUAUUAUCAGAGUACCUAACCGCCACUUAAAAUACAUACUGUACCAAAGCACCUAGAUAGCGUUGAUCUUGGCCGGGAGCGGCGCUAGGGUCAGAAGCUCCCGUCUGGCUGCAGGUGAGCGGCCAAGUAAAAAUAGCUGGCUCUCUACGGGCAGUUUCCAUACUGUUUCUCUCCAUGGCCC